AGCUACCGCCACUACUCCAUUUGUCUUCCCGCUGUAAACAUUCAGAUAAAAUGCUUCAUAACUCUACUAAUUACGUUCAUACGCAUUAUUUAAGACUAGAACAAGGUAAAUUAAGCCUUCGGGAAGCUAUGGAGUGGCGGAAAGCUUGCUAAAAUACGGGGAAAUACGAGAAAUUAGUGUAUUAGUGUGUGUGUGUCUCCCUCGGCGUUCCACAUGGCUGGGUGACGGUCUUGGGGGCGCCGUGCUCUGACACUCCCCGACCUCCGCCUCCUCCUCCCGCUCCUCCACCACCGCUGCGGGCGCCGCCACCUCCGCUAUCCUGGCCGUGCGUGCUCCAAUCGCCUCCUCGCUUGUGUCAACGGAACUGGGAGAAUCAGAGCUUUCAUAAUCUGAAGUUGGAACGCGGCGUGGGAGAUGACCCGGGAGAUGACCUGGGAGAUGACCUGGGAGAUGACCUGGGAGAUGACCUGGGAGAUGACCUUGGAGAGUAGACCCUGGACCAGCCUGGCAGGCAUGUCGCAGCAGGACGUGGCGCGGCAUCUGGCACAGGAAGGCGCCACACUUGUCAUGCUAGGAAUGCCGCCAGGAACGGAAUUUGGAAUUGACGUGAACUUCUGGAAUGUUGGCGAGCGAUUUAGGGGAGUGAAGAUGAUUCCUCCUGGCCUCCAUUUUGUUUAUUUCAGUGCAGUCAGCCUCCAAGGGGACACAGCUCCACGUACGGGUUUCUUCCACUUCUUCCGCCCCAGAGAGGUUGUGGUUAGGCAUUAUGACCCGGUUGCCGAGGACCUGAAAGUGGAAGAACCAAAUGUGGAUGAGGUGGAGAGAAUCCGUUCAAAUUUACAGCAGAUGGAUCGAUUCCUUGGCCCUUAUCCACUUGAGUCCUGGAGGAAGUGGAUCUCUCUCACCCAGCACGUGGAGGAGGCGGAACUGAAGCGGAUGAUCCCUCUGUCAGGUCGAGUGUGUUCGGCAGCAGAAUUAAUGCCUGUCGCUGGCUUCAGAUCUUCCAAGACACACAGAUACACACACAGCAGCCCCUCCACCUCCUCACAGCCCUCCAUAGCCCCUGACACAGCCCCUGACACAGCCCCUAACACAGCCCCUGACACAGUCCGUAACACAGCCCCUAACACAGCCCUACAGUCUUCAGACACCACUAAAGCAACACCACAGCCUACCACAGCUAACACAGCCCCUUCACAAACCACCACAGACCUCUCAAACAUUACAGGCCUCUCAAACAUCACAGAAGCCUCACAAACAGCCCCACACAGCACCACAGACCCAUUAGCCCCCCAGCUCAUUACCUCACCCACUUCACAGCCCCCCACACAGCCACCCCCAGCCCCACAGCUCCCAGAAAUGAAGCAGAAGGAAGGGACUAUGUUUCGGUUCACCCAGCCCCCGAACAGAGCCUACAGGGAGGGGGCUAGUCCUGGUGAAGUUACAAAAUAUAGUCUUGAUUCCUCCUACAGUUUGAAGUUAAUGAUUGGACAGGUGGAAAGACUGGACAGCUUAGUGGCAGAGCUCCAGGUGGCCUUCGUCAGCUUCUUGGUGGCACAGGUGUGGGACGGCUGGGAGCAGUGGAGGUGCUUGGUGGGGCAGCUGUGCCGGGCAGAGGAGGUGCUGCUGGAGGAGCCACAGUUGUAUGUCAAGCUUCUCUCCGUCCUACACUACCAGGUUAAUGAGAUCCCUGAAGACCUAUUUGUUGACAUCGUAGAGUCCAACAACUUCCUUGCUUCUGCGCUCACCACCCUCUUUGCCAACAUCGAGGACAACGCCGCCCGUCUGCCCCCUGCCUUGGUCCUUAAGGCUCGGCGCUUCAAGAACCACCUCUCUGCCAAGUUCGAGUGGGACCUGACACUUGGGGACGAGGGAGAGUACGCGCCAGUGGUGGUUGACGUGACUUGAGAGGCUGUGCACGUGUCUCCAGCGGCCUGCAGUACGUACAGACACACACACAGACGGUCACCGGAGGAAGAAAAUGCUGUGUUCUGUUAAAGUUUAUAAGACAUUAAGAAAAUAAAGGGUUAAGAUUAAA